AUGAGUUUCCGAAAUCUCUCCAGAUUUCCGCAUAUUUUAAAGAUUUUAUGUUUGAUCUUUCUUCUUCUUCUCUUGUUUAUUCUAUGGGAAAAUCGACAAUAUCCAUCAACAAAGCUUACCUCAUGGCAGGUUCUCCCGCUUUUAAUCGCAAUUUCGGUGACAAUUUGGGCAAACGAAAGUGUGCAUGAGCCAGAAUGGGCAUAUUUGGAGGUGAUCGCUUGUUCAAUCAUGACCACAAUGUCUUUUCUCAAUUGCAUAUCGAUUUGGCAACUUGAACCAAUCGAUUUUAACACAUAUUUUGCAUAUUCAAUUUCAACACUUCUCACAAUGAUUUGGUUUCUUCAGCUCACUUGUUUCGGAUUUGCGGCAUGCUUUGACUUUUGGGAUUUCGCUAAAGCAGAAAGGGCUAUUGAAGAGGGGAAUAAGAAACCCAUCCGUUCACUAUCUGCUCAAUUCUCUGGUGCGUUCUUUGUGGAAGUUGAAGAAUUGCCCGAUGAAACGUACAGAGAUUAUCGAAAUGAAACACCAUUUGAAGAGAUUGAAGAAAGA